AUGUGUGUGUGUGUGAGCUAAAGCAGCAGCAGCAGAAAGCGACAUCGCGCAGCAGCUAUAUUGUCCUAUAUACAAUCUACUAUAUACCUCUACAACACGCAGAAACGAAAUAAGUGGACGACGAUAAGAGACAGUGCGGAAAAAAAGUUGAUAUAGAUAGAGAGAGAGAGAGACUCUUGGCAGGCAGGACAGGGGCGACUCCGGCAAACAUACGUGAUCUAUUCCAUGCUCCUAUAUCCUACACAACCCAAGUCUCGCAACACUCUCAGCAGCAGCAGCAGCAGUAGCAGCAACAGCCAACGGCAGCAGCAGCAGUGGAAAAAGACGUCUCUUUGUUUUGCAGUGCCGUAUACUCGUGUACACACACCUAUAUUGGGCUAGUUGAAAUUGUUGUAAAGGCGCACACAUUAACAUACGUUCAAUAAACGUCAGCCAGUCCAACAGCAGCAACAUGUCGUACGCUUAUCUCUUCAAGUACAUCAUCAUUGGGGAUACUGGUGUGGGAAAGUCAUGUCUACUGCUGCAAUUCACAGACAAAAGAUUCCAGCCAGUUCACGAUCUCACUAUUGGAGUUGAAUUUGGUGCUCGUAUGAUCACCAUUGAUGGCAAACAAAUCAAGCUGCAGAUUUGGGAUACUGCCGGUCAAGAAGCUUUCCGAUCCAUUACACGAUCCUAUUAUCGUGGUGCUGCUGGAGCCUUACUUGUAUAUGACAUCACACGCAGAGAGACUUUUAACCAUUUGACAACGUGGUUAGAAGAUGCCAGACAACACUCCAACUCCAAUAUGGUUAUCAUGUUGAUUGGCAACAAAAGUGAUCUUGAUGCUCGAAGAGAAGUCAAAAGAGAAGAAGGAGAAGCUUUUGCCAGAGAGCAUGGAUUGGUAUUCAUGGAAACCAGUGCAAAGACAGCUGCUAAUGUAGAAGAAGCUUUCAUUAAUACUGCUAAGGAAAUAUAUGAAAAAAUCCAAGAAGGCGUAUUUGAUAUCAAUAACGAGGCCAAUGGUAUCAAGAUUGGACCAUCACAUUCUCCAAGUAGUCCAGGAGGAAUAGCAGGAACUGGUGGUCAAGGCAGUUCACAGGGUGGUGGAUGCUGCUAGGGGCUGGACUUCAUUUGUCCGAAACAUCAUCCUUCAACAAUAUGAACUGAUAAUCUCAUUCCUGCACUUUGUUUUUACAGGGAAGCGCCUAUAACGUUUACACUGUAUUAAUCUUAAUCAAUUUUAAGAUGAGUGAUAUAGGUGAUGAAUUUAUAUAAUAUAAAUAUAUAUUAUAAUUUUGAACAACGUUUAUAACUAAUGAUUAGAUGAAUAAUUUAGGGCAAAAUCAUAAACAUCAUGACACAGGUCAAAUGAAGCCUUUAAAUGUAUACUUUUGUUGACAACAGUGGCAUGACCCUGAAUUUUUCAGGUAAAGGAUUCGCGAGAUUAGUUCAACUUCAUUCAUUAAAUUUGUAUGUGAAUUUUUGAAUGUAUUGUUACAAAUGAUAUCGACUUAAAUAUUAUUUAUUCAAUAGUUUAUGAAAUACACAUUUUUAUGAUUUUUUACAUGAUGCUUUAAGCAUUAUAUUGAAUUGCAGAAUUAUAAUUUGUGCUAAUUACGUAAGGAUAUUUAAAUAUGAGUAUGUUAUUAUUAUACCAAAAUGACUUUUGUUCUUUACUUUAGUGAUUUUGAAUAGAAAGGUUAAGUACAAAAUAUCAUGAAAAAAUUGCACCAUAACAGAGUACUUUUUAAUUAUAUAGCAUUAUAAACAACAAAAUAGAAGAUUAAACAUUGACUGAUCAAGAAUACGUAAGCUGCUUUUGGUUUCUUGUCGAUGUUAUGCCCGAUCUUUGCUGUGAACUAUUGAAAAACGUUUGUGAUGAUGAUAUGAAGUUUGUUUGAAAUUUUAAACCAGAAAAGUCAAUCGGUAUAUGUAGACAAUGUUUUUAAGAGACGUUUACUACUUUUCUUACAUCAAAAAAUCGCCAAAACACUUUGUACAUUAUUUUGCAUAAAUACGAGUUAACGUUUGUUGUUGAGUAUUUGGCGCUGCAUGAGGAAUAUUUUUAAACAAAAAAUCACCUGUAAACGCAAAUUACUAAUCGGCGACAUUUUUACAAUAUAAAAUCAUGAUGGAGUUCUCAUUUGAUUCACAUGUAACUACUGUAAUAAAUUAACUAGUCAUCUUAAUCGAAAAAUCGUUUCGUCAAAAUGUAUGGAAAAAAAUUAUAUUAAUAUGUAAACUUAAGUACAUUUGAAAAUAAAUAUAAUAUUCAUUAUCACAACUUAAUUCAGUAAUGAUGCUUAUGCGCGCAGUGCGUUUCCACUUGGCUUGGAUCUAGCAAAAAAAAAAUCGCCACCUUUGCCAGGACUUAUUGAACUAAUUUAUCGAAAAAUAACUGCUUGAAGAUUAUGCGCCAAUCGAGUAGGAUCGUAAUGAUAAUUUAUAUACCUUUGUACAUUGAGUAUAUGAAAUGGAAUUUUGAACAGAUUAUAGCAUAAAAAAUAAAGGCCGCUAGUUAACUGCGCUCGCAAGAAGAUAAUUAUAUGUAAUGAAAAAAAAAAACAAAAAAAUAAAAUUCAUCUUCAAACAAA